UCUCUCCCAUCCUCACCUGCUUCCGUAUUAAAUUAAUACAAAUAAGAAUCCAGAGCGGACACACACACAGAGAGAGAAAUUGAAGGGGGAGAAGAAUAAGGAAAUCAAAGAAUGGAGAUUGAAAGGAAGAGAAGAGAAAGAAGAAAUCUGAUAGUUUUGACCGGAGCAGCUGCAGUGCUCGCUGUUGCAGUCAACUUUGCCUUCACUGCACUCAACACCCACAUCAAGAAUCGCAAGAAGAAAGUGGUUCCGGGAUCAAAUGUGCGGAUAAAUUUAUCCGCUUCUGAAAUACUGAGGUUAGCGGACCACAUUGUUGCAAAAUCUAAGGAGGUUCAUGAUACAAUUGCUUCAGUUCCACUUGACAAGGUGACAUAUUCCAACACAAUACUACCAUUGGUGGAAUUAGAAGCACAGCAAUUUCCUCUGAUACAGUCUUGUGCAUUCCCUAAAUUGGUAUCUGCUUCUGAAGAUAUUCGUAAAGCAAGCACUGAAGCUGAGCGAAGAAUUGAUGCUCAUGUUUCUGGAUGCAGUAAGCGUGAAGAUGUGUACCGUGUUAUUAAAGCUUUCACAGCACGGGGGGAUUGGAUGAGCUCCGAAGUCAAGCGUUUUGCACAGUAUUUGGUUCAAGACUUUGAACGGAACGGAUUGAAUCUCACCUCAACUAAGAGGGAGGAGUUGCAGCGUUUGAGGGCUCAAAUAGAUGAGCUAAGUAUGCGAUACAUCCGAAAUCUGAAUGAUGAUAAUACAUUUCUUCUUUUCCAUGAUAUGGAGCUAGUUGGUUUGCCUCCAGAGUUCCUCAAGAGUUUGGAGAAAACUGAAAAUGGUAAAUUCAAGGUUGUGUUGAGAAGCCAUCAUGUGUCACCUAUUCUCGAGCUAUGUAAGGUAGGAUCGACCAGGAAGUCUGUAGCUGUGGAUUAUGGGAGGAGAUGCGAAGUAAAUCUUUCUGUAUUGGAAAAGCUGGAAGUGGAAGACUGUCUAUUCAAGGUGUUGCUAGGGUUUCCUUUGAAUUGUAAGAUCAGUAUUCAGUUGCGUCAUAAACUCGCCAGAUUACUAGGCUACUCAAACUAUGCAGAAUAUGCUAUUGACCGCAGAAUGGCAAAGUCGUCAACAAAGGUAUUUGAGUUCUUAGAAAAAAUAUCCGGAAGCUUAACUGAGUCAGCAUCAAAGGAACUCUCUCUGUUAAAGGAAAUGAAGAGAAAAGAGGAGGGACAAAUUCCCUUUGGAAUUGAAGACCUACCAUAUUAUGUCAAGAAGAUAAAGGAACAGCAGUUUGGUCUGGAUUUUGGAGUUGUCAAGCAGUAUUUUCCCAUCAAUUUAGUUUUAUCCGGGAUCUUCAAAAUAUGCCAAGACCUAUUUGGCUUGAGAUUUGAGGAAGUAGUAGGUGCAGAAGUUUGGCAUCAAGAUGUGCAGCUUUUUUCAGUUUUUGACUUGAGCUCUGGCGAACUCAUGGGUUACUUUUAUAUUGAUAUAUAUAGCAGGGAAGGAAAAUAUGGGCAUACCUGUGUUGUGUCUCUUCAAAAUGGUUCAUGGAUUAACAGUACAAGACAGAUUCCAGUGGCAUUACUUAUUUCUCAAUUGCAAAAGGAAGUUGAUGGACGUCCUGGAUUGCUGAGAUUCUCUGAAGUAGUAAAUUUACUCCAUGAGUUUGGUCAUGUGGUCCACCAUAUUUGCAAUCGCGCCCCAUUUGCAAGAUUUUCUGGCUUACGCUUGGAUCCUGACUUUGUCGAGAUCCCAUCCCUCUUACUGGAGAAAUGGUGUUACGAAAGCAGCUCUCUGAAACUGAUCUCUGGUUUCCAUCAGGAUAUCACAAAGCCAAUCGAUGAUGAGAUGUGUAAAUCACUUAAGAGAUGGUGGUGUUCCUUCUCAGCCCUCAAACUGAAACAAGAAAUUCUUUAUUGCCUUUUUGAUCAGAUUAUACAUUCCAGUGAAAACGUAGACAUGAUUGGGUUGUUUAAGCAUCUCCAUUCCAAGGUUAUGUUAGGAUUACCGAUGUUAGAAGGAACAAAUCCAGCUUCUUGUUUUCCUCGGACUGCUAUUGGCUAUGAAGCUACUUGCUACAGUAGGAUAUGGAGUGAGGUGUUUGCUGCUGAUAUAUUUGCCAUGAAGUUUCGUGACGACAUAUUUAACCAGAAUGCUGGCAUGCAUUUGAGGAACAAGGUAUUGGCCCCAGGAGGUGCAAAAGACCCUCUUGAGAUACUAUCGGAUUUUCUUGGAAGGGAACCAUCGAUACAAGCUUUUGUAGACAGCAAAGCUCAUUCAGUCUAGAUGCCGUUUGUUCUUAUACAGCAGGAUGAUAGUUUUUUUUGUGCAUCCUGCAAUUUUGCAGUUGCUACUGAAAAAAUCAUACAACAUCGUUCUUUAUGUUUGAAACGCGUAGAUCUGUAAUUGAUGCUUUUGAUGUUGUUGUAACUUAUGAGUUAGGAAGCACUGCGGAUUUUAUGACAUCUCAUCGAUGAGUGUAAAUAUUGCAACUUGAGUAAACAUUUUUGUUGCACUUCA